GUGUCAAACUCAUCGGCAUCAUCGACAAAUACGAGCGUAUCUGAGAAAUUUCCAAGUGGAACGAAAGAUCGGGAAUCAAUAUCGAAGAUGAUACCAAAGGAAUUAUUAUUUUUUAUUGUUCUCGUGUCGCUCACUGUGUGCAAGUAUCGUUAUUACGCAUUCGAAAUCAAAGCAACGUCAGGUUUUACAUCGUCGUCAUCUGGAUCGUUGGAAUCGAUGUUGACGAUCGGCAGCAGGGCACCCAGAGCCACCGUAAACGACGUCGUCUCAAAAAAUAUCACUAUGGUCCUCGAGAAUCUGCUGAUGAAUUACGAAAAUAGUCAACUGCCUACUCACGGUAAAGGCAUGCCCACAGUAGUGAAAACCAAUAUUUUAAUUAGGAGUAUGGGUCCAGUGUCUGAGCUCGAUAUGGAUUAUUCGAUGGACUGCUAUUUUCGGCAAUCAUGGCGUGAUUCGCGUUUGAGUUUUCUGGGCCCGAUCAAAUCUCUCAGUCUUAGCAUCAAGAUGCUCGAAAGGAUCUGGCGUCCUGAUACUUACUUUUACAAUGGCAAGCAUAGUUACGUGCAUACGAUUACCGUGCCGAACAAAUUGUUAAGGAUCUCCCAGGAUGGCGAUAUAUUGUACUCCAUGAGGCUUACUAUCAAGGCUAAAUGUCCCAUGGAGUUGAGAAACUUUCCUAUGGAUCGACAAUCUUGCCCGUUAAUAAUGGGAAGCUAUGCGUACACAUCGGGACAGUUGAUUUAUGAAUGGCAAGAGGGUUCAUCGGUAAACUUUAUACCUGGAAUGACGCUUUCGCAAUUCGAUUUAAUGGGCUCGCCGUACAGGAAUCUCACAUUUGUUCGUCGCGAGGGCGAGUUUUCGGUAUUACAAGUAUCUUUCAAUUUGCAACGGCAUACCGGAUACUUUCUUAUACAAGUUUAUGUACCAUGUGUUUUGAUAGUUGUAUUGAGUUGGGUAUCUUUUUGGAUUCAUCGUGAAGCAACAAGCGAUCGAGUAGGUUUAGGUAUCACUACCGUCUUGACACUAUCAACGAUAAGUCUCGAUUCCAGAACGGAUUUGCCGAAAGUUAGAUAUGCUACCGCUUUAGAUUGGUUUCUCCUAAUGAGUUUCGGUUAUUGCAUCGCUACUCUUUUGGAAUUUGCCGGUGUUCAUUACUUUACAAAGAUUGGUAGUGGCGAGAUUCGUUUGGAUGAUGAAGAAUGGGAAGAUUGGGAAGAUAUCACGAGUGAAGAAUUCGAGGAUACAUUUCACACAAUGAUUUCUUGCAGUCCUCAGACUGUUCAUCCGGAAAUUGUUGACACGAAUACCAGAAGACGCGGGUCACUUAUGUCUACACUAUAUAGCCAGGAUGGGGUCACAUACGAAGAUUCCUGUCGUUCUAUAACAGUCGCUGUUUCUUCAAAGCCAUCAACGAUGGAAAGACAGACACAAACUGAGCUCAUUUUGCCAUUAUGGCGGCAGUUUCUCUAUUGCUUAGCAGGAGAUGAUGCUUUCAGACGUCGUCGGCAACGAGAAGUAGCCAGUAGCUAUCGAAAAUGCGGUGAUCGUAUAUCGAGACACAUAAAUAGCGUAUCUCACAUUGACAGAGUGGCGCGAAUAGUCUUUCCCGCGUCUUUUGGUCUACUUAACGUUUGCUACUGGAUGGUUUACGUUACCUAUCAAGAGGAAUUUAAAUGGCAGGAUCCACCGAUCGGAUCGAUAUAACACCACUCUCCCAUAUUAACAAGAUCUGAACAAGUGACAAAAUAAAGCAUAAAUAGUAUAUGUAUUAAUACAUGUAUUAUUACAUUACGAAUCGAAGAAAUCAGAAAUUCUAUACAUUUCUCCAGUCCUUUUUUAUAAAUUGAAUUAAUAAUUGAUUAAUAUUAUAUAUAUUAUAUUUAAUUGACAUGUUAUAUAUUUUUAUAUGCAUCACAUUACUUGACAUAUGCAAAUUUUGUUAGUUGCAUACAAUAACGAAUUUAUAAAUGCUAUUACAUUUGUCGUAAUAAUAAGCUUUGUCGAAUGUAUUGAUUGGCUAUUG